AUGGAGGGUCGUGCUUGUAGACUUACGGCGACUGGUAGGAAGGAAAAUGAAGAAAAAAAUCCACCUAAGGUUAGAAGGAAGAAGAAGGCGGAUGUAGUGCGUCCUGACGGCCACCCUACUGUGGGGCAGUUGUCUCUUAGUCGAGGCACUACCAGUACUCCUACACCAGAUACCGCACCGGUAUGGCAGGCUAAUUGGAGUGAUUCCAUUGACGAGGAUGAUGAUGAUGACGGUGAUGCUGAGGUUGGGAAUGCCCCAGAUGCUGGUGCUGCUGCUGGUGAUGCUGCUGUUGAUGAUGCUGUUGAUGGUGCUGGUGAUGCUGAGGCUGGGGAUGCCCCACCUCAAGCUGAUUUAGGCGUGGGGAAGACGGCACGGGUCGGGGUAUCUUCUACUGCCUCCUCCCACUUCCGUGGGCCCGAUGGACGCUAUGCGUCCAGACCUAGUAGCGAGGAUGGCGGAGAUGGAAAUAGGAAGAGGAAGACCACGAGGAAAGAUAUGUCGUGGUUUCUUACAGCCGAGUCUCCGAUGUGUUCAGGUGGACCAGUGAUUCCCGAUGUGAUCCCUAGCUUUGGAGGUCACAUUGGCUUGGUACUGUGGAAUUCCCCUGAGCAGGACCGUGGAGUGUUGGACGGCUUCCAUAGGCCGAGAGCUGUAGAGACUUUGAGGCGAUAUAAGUGGAGUGCAGAGGGUUCCAAGGAGAUGGUUGAAGCCACAGGAUUGUCUCACUUGACGGGGUGCAUGAUGCAGCAUUUAGACAUGGCUCUACUGUCGGCAUUUGUGGAGAGGUGGCAGCCGGACACAAACACCUUCCACAUGCCGUUUGGAGAGAUUUCGAUCCUUCUACACGAUGUGCAUCACAUUCUUCGGAUACCGGUUGACGGAGAGCUGAUGGGAGAUGAGGCGUCGCAGGAUACUCUUAAGUCAGACAUGGGUGGUCUAGUUCGACUUUCGGUGGAUGCUCAGGUUGGUGGUAAGUGGAAGUCGAAGUGGUACGAUAAUGGUGCUAUGCAUGCAGAGGGAUUGUUGGUGCGUGGGGGAGAGCUGAAGAUUAAGGAGAUGGAGGUGCAGUGUUACCUAUUUGUGUUGCUGGGAUCCACGCUUUUUGUGGAUAAGAGUCGUGAUCGCCUUCGUCCUGCGAUCAACUUGUUUCUGAAGGAUCAUCGACGAUUGGCUGAUUACGCUUGGGGAGCUGGUGCACUAGCCUAUCUCUACAGACAGUUGGGAGUGGCCACACGAGCGGGUAGUAAGGGUCUUUGUGGUUGUUUGACCCUGCUUCAGGCUUGGAUAUAUGAGUACUUUCCUCUUUUCCGUCCGAGCCAGCUGCCACAGUCUCCGGAUGCACCUCGUGCUUCCUCGUGGAUUUCUCCCCGUUUGCCAGGUGGGGAUGAGGCUAGACAGAGGUUAGUACGUUAUCGACAGUUGUUGGAUGAGCUUUCAGCUGAUGAUGUGACCUGGACUCCGUACGGACGAGAUGGCCACACAGAUAUACCCCGCUCCUUGUAUACUGGCCCCAUUCGCUUUUCUGACAUUGCUGAGGGAUACGAUCCUUCACGUUGUCUGCGCCAGUUUGGAUACCGACAGAUUAUCCCCGCUGCUAUGACGGUACCACAUGACCAUUACCGUCCGGCUUCCGGCAGCAGUUACAUAGUCUUUUGGGAUCCGUGGGUGAAUCAGUUGUGGAAUAACGUGGCAGCUCGUCGUCUAGAGUUGGAUUUUGCUUCUCGGCCGUGCGAGCAGCCAUCGGAGAUCGUGGAGGAGUACGUUGACUGGUUUCUGACUAGAUCGCACCCACGGAUCACCCACCCCACUGAUGAGGAGCCUCAGCCUCGACCACUACUAGUUCAUCAGUUGAGAGAGCAGAUUGUGGAUCGUUUAGGCCCCUUGUUGCAGACGAGGGACCGGAGUAAGUGGGAGGAGGACGGUGGUAAGCUCUAUGAUAUGGCAGCUGGAGUUUUCGAGUUGUACGAUCAGUUGUGAGACAGGUUUCGAGUGGUGGACGUCCUUGGGCGACCGGGGCGGGGCUGUCCCCCAUGCGGUUCAUCAAUGCCAUCAUUUUCAGGAUGAAGAUGGCUCCGGAGUAGGCCGAUUGCACCUCGAAUGGUCUCGUCGCCUCUAUCAAGAACCUCCUGUACUAGACCUUGGAACACACCACGGUGGUAAUCACUAUGGUCAUCCCACUCCGGCCGAGUAGGAGG